CAGCCUGAGGCCUGUACCCGGCCUGAUGCCUCUACUCAGCCUGAUGAACUGAUCCAGCCUGAUGAUCCUAUUAGGCCAGUUGACUCGAUGCCCGCUGUUGAUCCAGAUGAUCCGGUGCCCGCUGUCGUGCAAUUGACUCAGAGCCCACUGUUGUACCUGGUGACUCGGUGCCCACUGCCUUGCCAGAUGACGUGGUGCCCGCUGGCGAGCCAAAUGACCUGAUGCCUGGUGACCUGAUGCCCGCUGUCGAGCCAGACGAUCCAAUGCCUGGUGACCCGGUGCCCACUGCCUUGCCAGAUGACACGGUUGCCCGCUGGCAAGCCAAAUGACCUGAGGCCUGACAAUCCGGUACCUGAUGACCCGGUGCCCGCUGUCGUGCCUGGUGACUCGGAGCCCACUGCCUUGCCUGAUGCCUGGUGACCCGAUGCCCGCUGUCCAGCCAGACGAUCCAAUCCCACUGUUGUGCCUGGUGACUCAGUGCCCGCCGCUCCGCCUGGGGGCCGAGACCUGUCGCUCCGCCCGGGGGUCCGGCGCCCGCC